UUUACAUAUUUUUAGGGUAACAUUACCAUUAUUCAAAUCAACUCUUAAUUAUCCAGUUCGAGAUGCAUGGUUGGGUCAUGGGAAGGGGGUGUUUUUCCCAUGCGGCCCACCUCUCAGUACGGCCCAGCCCGAGGAGGCGUGGCUACGCAACGUUACGCAAGGAGCGCCGACAACGUGACCAGUGACAAACCUCGGAAACAUGUCGUCAUCCGCAGGAAACACUUGAAAGACGGCUCGCCUUCUUUUCAUGCCUGACAGGAGGUCGCCGCCGCCGCCGCCGUCGCGGAGUCCCAACUAGUUUGUCUCGACGGACGCCGAGAGGUUAGGAAGCGGAACGAUGUGAAAGACGACCGCGCCGACGAUGUGCUCCAACGAAAACAACGCGGCCGAGCCCCAACCGACGUCCUCCUCCGACCCGGCGCUCAUUCUGGAGCUCAAGACCCGACGGCCGCCGUCGUUGGAGGGCCGUCCUGGCUGCGAGACGUGGAGCGUGGACUUCUCCCCCGACGGAGCCUGGUUCGCCUGGUCCAUGGGGCACGGCAUCGUGUGGGUGGUCGCUUGGCCCCUCGACGCGCAAGAAGGCCAGGAUGGUGAUGUGGACCGAGGAGACAAGAGCUUCAGUUGCGGCCACCCCGUUUGGGGUCUGGCCUUCGGGCCUCGAGCCCCCAAGUCGUCCGCAGCCGGUGGCAACAACUCGCUAUCGAAAGGCAACAAAAACUACGACGGCAACGCUCUACUUCUGGCCACCGGCUUGGAAAACGGCACCAUCAAAAUCUGGAACGUUUUCACCGGCGCGGCCAUGUUGGAGCUUCACGGCCACGAGGGCGUGGUGCGCAACUUGCUCUUCCUUCCCAACGGCACCCUGACGCUCGUGUCGUCUUCCCGCGACAAGACGCUGCGCGUGUGGGACCUUGCGCUCAAAGGUAAGAAGGUUCACGUGCUGUCGGGCCACAAAGACUGGAUCAGCUGCUGCUGCGUGUCAUCCGACUGCAGCAUGAUGGCCACCGUGGGGCGCUUUGACAGGAUGGUGUGCCUGUGGAGUCUUCGCUCGUACACGUUCAUCCGCAACCUGACGGGCGGCGCCCACAAGACGCUGUACCUGCUGUCGGCCUGCGACUUCUCGCCCGACGGCGCGCUGCUCGCCACCGCCGCCUUCAGCGGGGGCAGCUGGUGGAUCGAUCUGUGGGACCCGUACACGGCGCAGAAGCUGGCCACGCUCGUGGACUACUUUGAGGACUACGGGCAAAACCAGAUCUCAUCCAUUCAAUUCUCUCCCAGCGGCGUGCACUUGGCCAUCGUGACGGACGACAGAGCUCUCGGCAUCUGGGAACCCGGAAAGCCGGGCCUGAGCAUGCAGACGGAAGCCGACCGCGACUCCAACGGCCUGUGCUGCAAGUACCAUCCACAAGGGGGAGUCGUCGCCACUGGAACCCGCAACGGGCACGUGAGGUUCUGGCGGGCGCCGCGGGCCGUGCCGAAUCUGCGCCACCUGUGCCGCGCCGCCCUGCGCCACUCGGUGUCCACGCACCAGGUGGAACCGCUCCCCCUGCCCAAGCGCAUCCUGGAAUACCUCACCUACCGCGACAUCGCCCCACACGCCACUUGAUCGCUAAGUGGCAGGCCGGACGGACGGACGGGCAUUUCUCUUAAUGACAAAUUUUCUUAUAAUUGCACUAGCAAUAUUUCAUACUGCUGCUAAUUUAUUUAAUUUUGGUUGUCACGCACCACUGCUGUGUAACCGCAUGUUGUAACCUGAAUAACUUUUAUUCAAAGCACUAAAAUGCACACUAUUGUUAGAAUUGUGUUUAGUUGUGGUUUGCUGAAGCUGACAAAACAGACUUCAUGGAAAUAUUGUCAUGUUGUGAAUUUUUUUGAAAGUUUAUUUUUCUUUUAAAUGAAAAUUGGGCUUUGCGCAGGAAAAAGCCUUUCUUUCCAAAAUAUGUUUGAAAAGAUUUUACUUUUAAAAAGAUCCAAGAUGUGUAUUAUUUUGGGGAGGGGGUGUUAAGUCUUCAUUUUAAUGCUAUUAUUUUUUUAUGGAAUUUGUUUUGGUCAAUUUUGAAAAUGUUUUCAAGUUCACCAAAUAAAACAUGAAUAAUUUUGCUUAUAAAAUGCA